AUGUCCAUCUGCUCUAGUGAUAGGAGCUAUGGCAGCCGCAUCUGCCUGCCCAGUGCUUGCACUGACUCUUCCUGGCAGGUGGAUGACAGCCCUGAGAGCUACUGUGAGCCCUCCUGCUGUGCCCCCACUUCCUGCCAGUCCUCCUGCUGUGCCCCCACCUGCUUAACCCUCAUCUGCACCCCCGUGAGCUGUGCAUCCAGUCCCUGCUACCAAACAGCCUGUGGAUCCAGCUCCUGUGAACCCUCCUGCUGCCAGCAGUCUAGCUGUCAACCCACAUGCUGCACAUCCUCCCCCUGCCAGCAGGCCUGCUGCACACCUGUCUGCUGCAAGCCCAUCUGUUGCAAGCCUGUUUGCUGUGAACCUGUCUGCUGCAAGCCCAUCUGUUGCAAGCCUGUCUGCUCCAAGUUUGUCUGCUGCAAGCCUGUCUGCUGCGAGCCCGUCUGCUGCGGAACCACCCCCUGCCCAUCAUCCUCAUGCUGCCAGCCCCCUGUCUGCAUCCCCUCCUGCUGCAGACCAUCAUCCUGUGUGUCCCUCAUCUGCCAACCUGUGUGCAAACCAGCCUGCUGCGUGCCUGCCCCCUCAUGCUGUGCACCUACCUCCUCCUGCGUGUCCUUGAUCUGCCGCCCCGUGUGUCCCCGCCCAGCCUGCUGUGGUAUCUCAUCUGGUCAGAAGUCUUGCUCCUGA